AUGUCAUUGAGCAGCAAUAAUAAUAAUAAUCCAGAAGAUCUAAUAACAUUGGUAAAGUCACCUAGUGUUCAACGUCCUCGCAUACCAAAGCUACCAACAGAGCUUCAUCCACUGCCACCAGACAUAUCGGCGUACUUUGUCUACCCAUUGAGCUUAGAGCCAUAUACAUUGGAUCUCCUGCCAAAACUACGCCAUAAUGCCAACAUGGAGCAUGACAAGCACGUCAACUACCUCAAUGAACGCAAUGCAUUGAUUGAGAGCAAGAAGCGGGAGGAGAUGAAGAGGGUGGCACCAGGCUGGAAUGGUGCAUGGGAUACGCUAGAGCCAUCAACGCUGAGCAAGAGCAAGGGUAAGAGUGUGGAUGAUGAAUUGGUGGAGGGUUUGGAGAGGCUGGCCAAAUGA